GCUGCUCCCCGCCGGCUUCCUCCGCUACCGCGGGGCGGGCCGGAACUUUUAUCCGUAGGAACGGGUUUACUGUGUAGAGUGUUGCCGGCCGGCGUCAAGGAGAAUAGAGUGCCAUCCUCUUCCUCUCCCCGUAGCCGCCGCGGAGCGGAGCCGAGCAGAUCAGAUCCAGGAGCGCGGUUACCGGGCGGGCUGGGUCUAUGGUCGCUCCGCGGGCCGCUCCGCCGGCUGGUGCUUUUUUAUCAGGGCAAGCUGUGUCCCAUGGCAGGGAACUUUUGGCAGAGCUCCCAUUAUUUGCAAUGGAUUUUGGAUAAACAAGAUCUGUUGAAGGAACGCCAGAAGGAUUUAAAGUUUCUCUCAGAAGAAGAGUAUUGGAAAUUACAAAUAUUUUUUACAAAUGUUAUUCAGGCAUUAGGUGAACAUCUUAAAUUAAGACAACAAGUUAUUGCCACUGCUACGGUCUAUUUCAAGAGAUUCUAUGCCAGGUAUUCUCUGAAAAGUAUAGAUCCUGUAUUAAUGGCUCCUACAUGUGUGUUUUUGGCAUCCAAAGUAGAGGAAUUUGGAGUAGUCUCAAAUACAAGAUUGAUUUCUGCUGCUACUUCUGUAUUAAAAACUAGAUUUUCAUAUGCCUUUCCAAAGGAAUUUCCUUAUAGGAUGAACCAUAUAUUAGAAUGUGAAUUCUAUCUUUUAGAACUAAUGGAUUGUUGCUUGAUAGUGUAUCAUCCUUAUAGACCUUUGCUCCAGUAUGUGCAGGACAUGGGCCAAGAAGACAUGUUGCUUCCCCUUGCAUGGAGGAUAGUGAAUGAUACCUACAGAACGGAUCUUUGCCUACUGUAUCCUCCUUUCAUGAUAGCUUUAGCUUGUCUACAUGUAGCUUGUGUUGUUCAGCAGAAAGAUGCCAGACAGUGGUUUGCUGAGCUUUCUGUGGAUAUGGAGAAGAUUUUGGAAAUAAUCAGGGUUAUUUUAAAACUGUAUGAGCAGUGGAAGAAUUUUGAUGAGCGAAAAGAGAUGGCAACUAUUCUUAGUAAGAUGCCGAAACCAAAACCUCCUCCAAACAGUGAAGGAGAGCAGGGUCCAAAUGGAAGUCAGAACUCUAGCUACAGCCAAUCUUAAAACAUUCCGAAGAAUUCCAUAGUGGACCAGUUGGAAAUAAACCAUUGGACAGAUUUCAGUUAUGUCUUCAAUGGAACACAAAUGAAAAUGAAUAGCUUGUUUCUGUCAAGCAUAUUGGGAAGUGAUUUUAUUUUUGCAAAAUAAGUUUUUCUUUACCUAAUUUGAUUCUAGUACAUAAUUGAUUAAAAUUGAUUAUAAUUGAUUAUAAAAGCUUGGAAAGGUUCUAAGGGGACCUACAGACAGACUUACAUAGACAUUUCAAAAUUAAUAGCUUUUGAUUAGUAUACUUUUUCUUAAUUUGGAUAAUAGAAAUUGUAGCUUUUUAUUAAGCCAAGAAACAUGAAGCAUAAUUUGUUUAAAAUUCUCUUUGGUCAUUGAAGGACCAAAAAAGGACAUAAAAAGUCAAAUAUAUGAGGGUUUUUUUCCCUCCUUAAGUUAAACUUUAAAACUGUAUUUAAGGAAUCAAAUCUUACAAAAUCCUGGAAGAUUUUGGUAAUGAUGUUGAUAAUUUCAGGGAAAUUAAUCAAGUACCUAUUGAUUUAAAAGUGUAUUUUAUUCAAUAGUUUUAGUAUCUUGCCAUGGAAGAUACUAGCCCAGCCUAGCAGAAAAGUGCAAUAUGUAUAGCAUACUUUGACAUUUUAAAAGUUAUAUUAAUUCCGUAACCAUUUUGAAGUGCUGGGCAAACUUUAAAAAAAAAAAAAUCCUACAUGAUGUUCUUUGCAUUUGAUUCACAGUUAAUCAGGCAUUUUGAAAGCUAAUUGGAUAAAAUACCAUAAUAUGGUUGAAAUUUGGUAACAUUUUAAUGUUAAUUUUUACUCUACUGUGAAAAGUUUUUUAUAUGACAUCACACCCUAGUUUAUUUUUGUGUCUUAGUGUGGAUUUACAAAUUUACUACAGGUAUCCUGAGCCAGGAACACAAUCAGGUUUCAGGCCAGUUUGAUACUGGCUAUUCUUAAUUCUCAUGAGUGUAGGACUUUGAACUAAAUGUUAUGUCAGUGGGACUGUGCUGUCUGUGGAACUUAAAAUAAUCAUUUUCUUCAGAUUUGAAGGAGAGUGAUAAAAUUUGGAGUCAUAGGAUAUUGAUGUACAACUUAAGGAUUAAAUUUUUUUAUAAAUCAAUUGUGAACAAUGGAUUAUUAAAUUAAAUGUUGACUUCCUAGUAUAAAACUUCAAGAAUAAAAGUAAAGUUCUCCAGCUA